AUGGCUUCAUCAAGCAAUGCAAUGAAGAUUUUUGAGGAAGAAAAAAUUUCAACCUUCCUAGAGCAGCUGUCGGACGUCGACAUUCCUCUUGAGUCGUCUGACAGCGAAGAGGAAUGUGAUGUCCCAGAAAGAAGCGACGUGGACGCUCUAGGAGGGUAUUCCUCAGAUGAAGAAUGGGAGGAAGACAACGAACCAUCAACAAAUUCCACAUGCUCUCGUUCUGUCACCAGAACAACCUCUCCAUCAUCCUUUCCCUUUCCUAGAGCAAUCUGGCCCAAGAAUGUUCCUUCUUCUGACUCUCACCCUGUACAAUAUUUCAACCUCUUUUUCACUAUGUCUAUACUUUCCCUUAUGGUGACUGAAACAAACAGAUAUGCCCAGCAAGUGAUAAAUGGCAUGGGGGGGAAUGUUCCGGAAUAUCUCAAGAAGUGGAAAGAAGUAACUAUUAAAGAAAUGAAGGGGUUUUUGGCAUUCCUCCUGAAUAUGGGACUAAAUAAAAAAUCUAGCUACGCGAAAUACUUUUCCACUUCUGACUCCCAAUAUCAACCAUGGUUUGGGAAAAUGUUUACUCUACACCGCUUUUCUCACUUGCUACGAUUCUUUCAUCUCGUAGAUAAUACUAAGUUGCCUGGCCCUGGGGAAUUAGGUUAUGAUCCAAGUGCACGAUAUAAACUUUUGGAAGAUCAUGCGAAUAAGGUGUUCCGACAUCACUACACUCCUCACAAAGAAAUAUGCAUCGACGAGUCAAUGGUAGGUACCAAGUGCCAUACCGGCAUGCGUCAGUAUAUGAAACAAAAAAAACAUCAUCAAUGGGGGAUCAAACUUUGGGUGAUGUGCGACUCCACUUCGCACUACUGCCUGGGAUUUUUCACAUACAAAGGGGCCAAAUUCCAGGCCGAUGUGGACAAGUCCAUCGCCUCAAAGUUUGGUCAGCCAUAUACUGUUGUAUGUCGGCUAAUGGACAUGGGUGAUUAUUACAAUAAGGGCCACCAUUUAUUUGUUGAUAACUAUUUCAUGUCGGUGCCCCUUAUUCGCCACCUACAUUCCCAGGCAACUUACUGUACUGGGACUGUACGCAAGAACAGGAAACAAUUACCGCUACGAUUUAAAGAAAACUUUAAAGUAGGCCAGAUCUCUUAUUUCAGAUCUGGCCCUAUAUUGGCGUGUGGCUUCCGGGAUAAGAAAUCACAAAAACAAAGCAAACCGGUUCUUCUUUUAUCCAGCCAUGCACAAGCGCGUGAAGAUCAAAUUGUUAAGCGCGGGCAGCCGAUAUUAAGGCCAGAAAUUGUUUCAAGUUAUAAUAAAUUUAUGGGAGGGGUCGAUAUUCAUGAUUCAAUGUUGAUAGCAUACUUGGAUGAAAGGAGGUCCAAAAAAUAUUGGAAGAAAGUAGCGUUCAAUAUCAUAGCCAGGAUGUUAUUGAACGCUUACAUUCUUUACAAAGAAAAUUGUUCCGGAAGCCAAAGAAAAGCACUCUCUCACGUCGAUUUUAUCGUGGCGGUGAUUGAAAGAAAGCCUGGCGGGAGAAUGGAUGGAGGAGCGGAAAACUUCAUUUCCUGAAAAGCCCCGAGGACCAGCAGGGCUCAUAAAGCGUUCUAUAUCAUAGCCAGGAUGUUAUUGAACGCUUACAUUCUUUACAAAGAAAAUUGUUCCGGAAGCCAAAGAAAAGCACUCUCUCACGUCGAUUUUAUCGUGGCGGUGAUUGAAAGAAAGCUUGGCGGGAGAAUGGAUGGAGAAGCGGAAAACUUCAUUUCCUGAAAAGCCCCGAGGACCAGCAGGGCUCAUAAAGCUACCAGAUAAAUUGGCUUACAGGUGUGUCGUUUGUAGUUCCAAAAAUAAAAGGAAAACGACAACAAAGGCCUGCAAUAGGUGCAAAAAGGGUGUCCAUGCCAAUUGUCUAAUAAAACAUCGCUGCUAGCACAAAGGUACGUGCAUAAAUUGAUAUAAUUCUGUUUUAGCUUUAU